AUGAAGACAAUUAACUCAUGGCUUACCCUCUUGUUCCUUCUCUUUGCCUCUACCAAAAAGUUGAAGUUUGCCAUUGCUAGUGGUGUGCAUGACACAGAUGGUAGCAUGGUAGAAAAUGGAGGUGACUACUACAUCUUGCCUAGUUUGAAAGGAGAGGGUGGUGGUGGAGUUACACUUGCUAGCAUUGGGGUGACACACCCACUUGCAAUUGUUCAAUCUCCAGUGAACUCUCUUGGCUUGCCAGUGUCAAUUUCAAAUAUUAAUGGAACAAUGAUAAUCCUCACAGAUGACAUUUUAAGCAUCAAUUUCACUAAUUCUUCACAUUGUAACAAUUCAUGCACUUGGAUGCUUGUUAUGGAUGACUCAGCCAAAGUGUGGUAUCUGGGUAUUGGUAGUGCUGUAGAUUACCCAAGUCAUCAAAUUAAGAUGGGAAGGUUCCAAAUUAAGGAGUUUAAUUUGGAUUAUAAGCUUGUUUUCUGUAGUGAUAGUAACACCCCUUCUUGUGAAGAUGUUGGGAUAUACAUAGAUAGUGGUAAAAAUAGACGUUUAGCACUCUCUGGAGCAGCAUUCUCAGUUAGGUUAAAAAACGCAGAUAAAUAUCCUGCAGCAUUUGAUUGA